GCAGUGCGUUGCACUCUCUCCACCACCACACAUCCUGCCAAAAGUGAAAGAGAUUACACAUAUGCUGUUCAACACAACAGUUCAGAGGAAGCAGAAAGAUCUACCAGUAUUAUUUGUGCCAAGAUGAGCAGUGGUGCUUAUACUGGAGUCAAUGUUGGUCUGAAUGCUCAGACGGGAGCAAAUGUAAAUACUCCUGUACUUGCUGAAAACACCAUCACAGGUCCUGUGACCUUCAUCAACAAUACUGCAGAAAACGGGCCACAAGAACUCUCAGAGACAGAGACAAGUCAAGCAUAUUUGAAUCUGAACAAGUUCUUGAAAACUCACAAAUCCAACAUGAAGAAUAAAGCAGAACUUAUUCUUGAGCGCAAGAAAGAAAAUGAAGCACAUCUCCAGGUUGUUUACACAGAACUCUUCAUCACAGAGGGAGAUAUGAAAGAUGUCAAUCAGGAACAUGAGAUUCUGAAGAUUGAUGAUGCUUUCAGCAAGAACAAAAAAACACAGGACAAAUCAAUCAAAUGCAAUGAUAUAUUUACAUUAGAAGACAAAAAUAAGAUGAAGAUUGUGCUGACCAAGGGAGUCGCUGGCAUUGGAAAAACAGUCUCUGUGCAAAAGUUCAUCCUGGACUGGGCAGAAGGAGAAGCCAAUCAGGAUAUAGACUGUGUGUUCCUGCUUCCAUUCAAAGAGAUUAACAGAAUACAAGACAAAGAGUUCACUUUCCAUGAGUUUCUGCAGGUAAUUUGUCCUGAACUGAAGGACACAGAGAAAACAAAAUUAUAUAAGGGACCCAGACUAAUGUUUAUAUUUGAUGGACUUGAUGAGAGUCGCCUGCCUUUGAAUUUUGAAAAUGAAAUUCUGCAGAGUGUUGAGGAAAGAUCAUCUGUAGAUGUGCUGUUCACAAGUCUGGUCAAAGGGACUCUGGUUCCAUCAGCUCUGGUCUGGGUGACCUCACGACCAGCGGCAGCCAAUCAGAUUCCUCCUCGGUAUGUAGAUUUGUUUACAGAGGUACGAGGAUUCACUGACCAACAGAAGGAGGAGUACUUCAAAAAGACAAUCACUGAUGAGAGUCUAGCCUGCAGAAUCAUCAAAUACAUUAAGACGUCUCGUAGUCUCUACAUCAUGUGCCACAUUCCUGUGUUCUGCUGGAUCAUGGCCACAGUACUUCAGGAUAUUUUUAUUGAAACCAAUGAAGAGAACAUCAGCACAACACUUACUGAAAUGUACAUUCACUUCAUGCUGAUACAGAUGAAAAUGAAGAACCAGAAGUACGAUGAACAAGAAGAAAGGGAAUGUACAGAGCACUUAGAAAUUAAUAGAGAAAUGAUUUUGAAGUUAGCCAAGCUAGCGUUUGAACAGAUAAAGAAAGAAAACAUUGUGUUCUGUAAGGAAGAUCUGAAAGCAUGUGGUAUUGAUGUGAAUGUAGCCACUGAGUUCACAGGAAUGAUCACUGAAAUCUUUAAGAAGAUAAAUGGUCUUCAUGAAAAGAAGGUCUUCUGCUUUGUGCAUCCAAGUGUUCAAGAGUUUCUCGCUGCAGUGCAUGUGUUCCUCUGUUACCUGAACAAGAACAUGCAGGACAUUCAGUUUUUCUUUGAUGAGCCAGAAGAAAAUGUUACAUUGCAGGUCCUACUGCAGAAGGCUGUAGAUAAAGCCACACAGAGUCAAAGAGGACAUUUGGACGUGUUCCUGCGGUUUCUGAUGGGAAUUACACUGGAAUCCAGUCAAAACCUGCUCCAAGGCCUGAUCACACACACUGAAGACACAACAGAGAGCAUCAGACAAACAACUCAAUACAUUAAACAAGUGCAAGACAAGAAUAUCCCAGAUGGAACUUCAGUCAACCUAUACUACUGCUUACUUGAGCUCAAGGAUCAUUCAUUAUGUGAGGAAAUCCAGAGUUACCUCAGUUCAGAUGAACAUCCAGGAAGAAAACUCUCAUCUUCAGUGUGCUCAGUGCUGACCACAGUACUACUGAUGUCAGAGAAGGUGCUGGAUGAGUUCAACCCAAAGAGGUUCACGUCAUCACAAACAGGCUUUACAAGACUUGUUCCAGCUGUGAGAUGCUGCAAAAAAGCCCUCUUUGACAGCUGUGGUCUUGAUGAAACAUGCUGUGAAACUGUAUCUUCAGCUCUUCAAUUAUCAAACUGCCAUCUGAGAGAGCUGGACCUGAGUAACAAUGACCUGAAGGAUUCUGGAGUGAAGCUGCUUGGGACUGGACUGAAGAGUCUAAACUGUAAGCUGGAGAUACUGAGAUUAUCUGGCUGUAUGGUGACAGAAGAAGGCUGUAGUUCUCUGUUGUUGGCUUUGAGUUCAAACCCCUCACACCUGAGAGAGCUAGAUCUGAGCUACAAUCACCCAGGAGAUUCAGGAGUCAAGCUCCUCAAUGGUUCAAACAGCACAUGCAAGCUCAAUGUGGAUCAUGGAGGAGAAUCCAGGAUUACAGCAGGACUGAAGAAAUAUUCCCAUCAGCUCACUCCAGAUCUGAACACAGCACAUAAACUUCUCUGUCUGUCUGAGAACAACAGAGUGAUUACAUGCACUGUCACAGAUCAGUCGUAUCCUGAUCAUCCAGACAGAUUUGAUUAUUGGGAGCAGGUGUUGUGUAGAGAGAGUGUGUGUGGACGCUCUUACUGGGAGAUUGAGUGGAGUGGAUGUAAUGGUGUGUUAAUAUCAGUGUCAUAUAAGAGCAUCAGCAGAAAGGGAGAGGGUAAUGAGUGUUUGUUUGGAUCUAAUGAUCAGUCCUGGAGUUUGGGCUGCUCACCUGACAGAUACUCAUUCAGACACAAUAAAAUACGGAUUGAUCUCCCUGUAGAGUCCAUCAGCAGUAGAAUCGGAGUGUAUGUGGAUGAAAGUGCAGGAACUCUGUCCUUCUACAGCGUCUCUGACGCAAUGAGCCUCAUCCACACAGUCCAGACCACAUUCACUCAGGCGCUCUAUCCUGGGUUUUGGGUUGGUUAUAAAUCAUCAGUGAAACUGUGUUGAUGAAUCACUAUAGACUGACUAUAGUGAUUCAUCACUAUAGAUUCUACCCAUAAUACUUUGAGCUGAUGAUGAAUCAGUAACAGUGAGAUGUUAUAAAGUUUCUUCAUCACACAGCAAAAAGACCGCUGUUAAAUGAACUCUCCUGGGAGUUUAUUUGACUCCACACUCAAGAGCGUUAAAAGUAACACUGAAGAGUGUCAAAUUAACACUGAAGCACAGUUAAAGUUAAUGAGAUAAUUAGUGAUUAAUUAAGUGAUGAUUGAUCAUUAUUGAAGACACCUGAUGUUAACAAGCAGAAUCACCAAAGGAGAAAAUCACAAUUUUUAAGAAACCAUUAUAGUGGUCAGUGUUUGCAUUAGUUGGGCUCUUGACACGUACAUUUUUAAUUUUGCAUUUUGUUUGGUUGUUGUAACAGAGUUAUAACAGCCAAACAUACCAGAGAAAAGGUAAUCAUGUGGCUUUGAUUAUGUUUGACAUAACCUUCAUGCAGUGACCUGUAAAACUGAGUUAAGUUUUUUUUUUAACCCUAACCAAUUACAUCAACCCUGUGAGCAGUAUAAUCAGUAUAGUAAUUAUAUAAUUUAUAAUAUUUUGAUCAAAAGCAUAUUUAAUUAAGACACAAAGAAUCAGGGUGAGAAAAACAAUGGUGACCAUCAAAAACGCAUGUACCCAAUCAGAACUCAUCCAUGGCUCCCAUCAUGCAUUGCGGCAUGAAUAAAUUAUGAGCUGAACUGUCUUUGUCAUUUCUUUUAUUCUUACUAUUUUCUUUUGUUUUAGCUGUUUUUAUGUGACUUUUUAGUAGUACUUCUUCAGAACGUUUUUUUUUUUUUAAAAUCACAACAGCUUGAAAGACAUCCUUCCAAAAUAUAUAAAAAAAAGACAGGAUCUUUUGUUAUGGAAUCACAAGGCUGACGUUAAUUAUUCAAGGUAAUCAUUGUUCGACCUGAAUCACUGAAUUUGUUUAGAGUCUAAUCUAUGAGUUAUAUUAAUUAAAGGAAAUGGGAAUAAAUGAAACGGUACUCAAAUAAACUCCCAGGAGAGUUAAUUUAACACCAGGCAUUUUGCUGUGUAGUAAUAUGAACAUCAAUCAGAAUAAAUGUGUGUUAUGAAUCCUCAUCUAGACAGUAAAUCAGUGUGUUUGUUUCUGUGCUUUUCUCACAUCAAUCAUUUGUAUUAUUACUAUAAAAAUCAGUCUGAUAUUUUAUGAUUUUAUCUGUUGAUUGUAAUUGUUGUAUUACAAAUUUAUAAAAAGUAUUGUUGUAUUACAAAUUUAUAAAAGGUUAAACAUGGGUUCCAAUAUAACAGCAUGAACUGAAAAAGUUAUGUAUAUUGUGACAUUCUAAGAGCAUUGUAAGCUCAAGGUACAACUGUGCCUUUUGUUUAGUACCUAUGCAUUUGAAUGACACUUGUAUGCUAAAUAGAUCAAGGCUGGGAAAAAUCUUUAACUGAGCUGUUUUCCUGUACCACAUUUGCAUGCUUUGUUUAGAUUUAUUCCACCUAUAUGUACUCCUCCCCCUUGAAACCUAUAUACUCUGCUGUGUUGAGAUUUUGACUUUUGAUGACUGCAGCGACACACAGCUAGUAUCUCAAUAAAGAGAAACUUCUGCUUCAAGAUAUCCAAAACGUCUCCUGGUCUUUAAGAAAAAGUUUACAACAUAAUGAAACACAAUGUCAAAUCAU